ACUAAUGCUCAAAGGGGAGAGAGUAGAGGACCACUUUGCGACCCACAAGGGUUGUUGUUUUCCUCAUGCACUAUUUGUUUGCGCUCCUGUGCGCACAAGGACUGCUUAAUGACCCAGCGCGGUCCUCACUGCGGCUCUCGGGACUCGUCCGGCUUCGCUCUUUGACGGAGAGAGAAAACGCAUCGGGGACUCGCUGAAAGUGGAGGUUUUAUGAACUCUGCGAUGGAAUGAAACUCUCUCGCACUUGCGGAGAAGUUUACUUUAGGUGCGUCUUUUGAGUUUCUAUUUUAGUUCCCACUCCCAAUCAUGUACGGAUAACGGGAGGUCCACCCGAGAAUCCGGCUCAAAUGGAUCAGCACUGACGGGUUUAUGGAGCCGGGAUUACACAGCGCAGUGCCAGCCUGUUGAACGCCCACACACGGGCCUAUCACACACCAUCUGCCUCGGAAUAAAUUACACUCUCCGGCGAAGACGCUCUCCAUGGAAGCGCUGCACAAGUUUCACAUAUGACACUGCUCUGAGUUUCUCCGCGUCCUUCAGCCAUAACAAUGGCAAACUCUGGCGCAUUUCUACAGCGCGUCUGCAGAUCCGUUUGGCCUCUCGGCUGUGUGCUUUUCCUUUCUGGCUGCUUCUCCCUGGCGUCGCCAUCCCACGGUCGGCGGCUGAUCUGCUGGCAAGCCAUCAUGAACUGCCAAGCCGAGCCGGAGUGCAAUUACGCGUACGAGCACUACCACCGUGCGUGCGGCCCGGUGCUGAACGGGGAGAGGAAGAAGUGUCCGAGCCACUGCAUCUCGUCGCUCGUCCAGCUCAACCUGACGAAGAACGGCCCGGCGCUGGAGGACUGCAGCUGCGGCCACGACUCGAUAUGCGCAAACACCAAGCGGGCCAUCGAGCCCUGCCUGCCCAGGACUACCAGCGCCGGCUGCACGGAAGCCCGGCACCAGUGCGAGAGGGACCCGCAGUGCAGCUCCGCCAUGCACGACUAUUUGAACCACUGCGGGAAACUUUUCAGCGGAGCGGUGUGCACGAACGCAUGCCAGAAUGUGAUCGCGAAUAUGCGUAAAAUACCCAAGGGUCAGCAGCUGGACACUUGCCUGUGCGACGGCACGGAGAGAGCCAUCUGCGAGUUCGUCAAGAGCAGAAUGAAGGCGCUGUGCUUCGACUACCCGGAUAGGUACGAGGCCAGCGGCUCCGACGAAGAGCUCGACGACGACCUGCCGGAUCCGCGCGAUCCAGAGGAACUGGAAAGCGGAGCCGCUCUCCAAAAUGCGCACCGUGUUUUGACCCUGCUGGCAUCCAUUUUGGCUCUGUUACCCCUCUUUUAAUCCCCGUGCUUCAUAAACUGCCCCAACUAUUGUCCGGAUAAAAGUCAACCAAAACUUUUGUCACUCAUUGACCUGCUCCUAUUGUGAACGGUUCGAGCCUCAAAGACUUAAAAAGGAAAAAAAGGGCGUUUUGGCGCACGCAGGCCUUUGAAGGAUAUCAAAUGGGGGAUACUUCUAUGCAAAUGAAACUGUCUUAUCAAACCACUCCAGCGGCUCUGCAGAUGCUCUGCUUAGGCGAUAAGCUAAUUAAGGAUUUGUCUCCUUUCUCUGCCACAGGUUCUGAUAGCAAAGGUGUCCUGACAGAGACUCAGCUUUGGCUUGUUUUGUUAACAAUGCAGCGUUUAAUCUGUAUAAUCAGUAUAUGCUGUGCACUGCCAGUCUUUGUUUUUCUAAAAGUAUGAACUAUUUUUGUAUGACAGGCCUUUUGCCACUUGGCACCAGGCUAUCUGAUUUACAAGUAUUUAAUGUUGGAAUCCAUGAACUUGUAAAUAGAUUUAGGAGUUAAAAUGAACCAGUAAUUUAUUACAUGCCACCCUAGUUACAUCCAAAUCGUCUCCUUGUGAAUAAAAACUGAGAAUUCCAGCUUUAAAGGGAAGUUAUUUUGUCUGAAGAUAGUGUACAUUCAUUGUAUAUAUGUGUAUAGCCUAUAUAGAUUUUUUUUCAGAGAAUCUUCUAUGUUUUAGGCUAUGAGAUGAUUUAUUCACUGUGUAUAGCCUAGAAAAAGAAAAUGUCUAAAUCCACUGUAUGAUUGCCUUAAUGAUAUACCUUUUGUAGAAGGCAUAAAGGAAAACUUGAAGAUAUCAUUCUCGACUGUGAGUUAUUUGUUGAUUUUGCCACAUUGCUUCCUUGACAGUGUUGUGCCUUAAUUCAGAGUCUUUAUAACACGUUUUGUUGCUCAGGCAGUUUGGGCCUGUUGUUAUUCUGAUUUAGGCUAAAAACUAAAUGUCGGUUUAGUUAUCACAAGCCAAUAAACUGGCAUAAGAGCAAAAAAAUCUGUUAUAAAGACAGAAAAGCAUCAGUUUGUGCUCCUUUUUAAAAAAAAAACAAACUAUUUCUCACAUGACCCUUUGAAGUUGCAUCAGUUUGGAGUAACUCGCUUUAUGCCUGCCAUUCCGUUAAUAAAAGUAAUGUCAAUCUGA